AUGAUACUUGAUGAUCAUCCUAAUGAAAUACUACAAAAUCAACUUUACCGACUUGAUUCAUCAUUGAUUGUCUUUAAACGAAUCGAUUUGUGCCUUAAUUAUGUGCGAUCUACUGUACAUAUACAUCCACUAAUAUUAGUUACUGUAAAUGCAUUAGGACGACAAAUUGUGCCUGAAAUUCAUUCUGAUAAUCGAUUGAAUUCUGUCUUUAUUUAUUGUACCACAAACGGUGAUAAAAUAAAAUGGACUACUAAAUAUAACAAAAUAAAACUUGUAACAAUGAAUGUAUCUGGCGUGAUAAAUAGUAUAAGAAAUGAAUAUGUAUAUGAUAACACGUUACUUUGGCAUCUUGUUUGUCUCGAUGAUCGUAACGAUAAAGAGCUUCAAGGUCAUCUGUACGAACUUGAUCCUUCCAUGUCAAUAUUUGAUCAAUUCGAUACGUGUCAAAAAUAUUUUAAUUCAGCUAAUAACGUAAUGAAGCCAACAAUACUUGUUUCCAUCAAUAAAAUGGGAAGACAAUUUGUACCUGAAAUCCACUCAAAUGAACAAUUGAAGGCUAUAUAUAUAUUUAUCUGUCCAGGCACGAACAAUGAUCAAAAAAUCAAUUGGACUAAGAAAUAUAACAAGGUACAACUGUAUUGUGUUCUGUUUAAUUUAGUUUUAACUUCAUUCCCAUGUAGAUUAAAUGCGUGUGCACCGAUCUUAAUCAAUUGA